AUGGUUUUGAGGUACGAUAAUCCUCAUUUUAAUAUCGCCGAGGUAGCUUGCUUAUAUGCUGGCUUUCUCGGUCUCGGGACUUUAAAGACUUUCAAGCAACAACGACGAGGUCCUGAACCUUUAUCAAGGAAAAGCCGCUUUGGUAAAGAACCGUUGAAAAUCGUCUCUUGGUGGAUUCUGGCUCUUGCUUUGACAUAUGUAAUUGAUAUCGCCAAUUUAGUCGUCUAUGCUUUGAGAACUCCUAACUGGUGGCCCCAUAAGGCUUCUGUGGUGUGCCUUGUUUUGUCGCUACUCUUUUGGGGCAUUGUGCUAAUCAGCUGCACAGACACAUCUGAAUUACCAAGAUACACUAAUUCCUUUUUCUCUGCUUAUAGAGUCAAUGUUUUAUAUGCAUGGUUAACGGAAGCAAUCUUUGAAACCGUUUUUCUUGCAUUCACACCCAUUCCUGGCGAUACCUUUCAGGGUAUUCUUAUGGCUGAUCACCUAGCCCGUCUUCUUUUAUGCAUUUUUGCUUUUGCCAUUUAUGUAACCUAUCGUCGUAAGAAACCUUCUCGUGACAUGAUGGAUUACGAAGAACGAAGAAUGUUUGAAAGUGGUACCCAACUGGAUCCCGAACUAGGUCAAGAUCAAUCUUCCCAGGCGCUUCCACAAGCAGCUAAGAAAAGUGACUCUAAAAAGCCCCCAAAAAAUACCUCCUGGAUUGCUUAUUUCAAGUCUUUUGCUAUACUUUUCCCUUACUUAUGGCCCGUUAAGAACUUUAGGCUACAGCUUCAUAUCUUUGUUUGCGUUAUUUUGUUAGUUAUCGGAAGAAUAGCUAAUAUACUUGCUCCUCGACAACUUGGUGUGGUCACCGAAAAGCUUUCUCAAACCGGCAGUGGUGUUCCCUGGUUUGAAGUUUUUCUAUUCGUUUUUUAUCGCUUUCUUCAAGGAAAUAUGGGCUUAGUUGGCUCUUUGCGUUCUUUUCUGUGGAUUCCUGUUUCACAAUAUGCUUAUCGUGCACUUUCCACAAAAGCUUUACAGCACGUUUUGGGUUUGUCCUACGAUUUUCAUUUAAAUAAACGAGGUGGUGAAGUUUUGGCUGCAUUAACCAAGGCAAACUCCGUGAAUACAUUUGUCGAGCAACUGUUAUUCCAGAUUGGACCUGUUCUUACAGAUCUUGCUGUAGCAAUCAUCUAUUUCUUCGUCAAGUUUGACGUGUAUUUUUCCCUCAUUGUCCUCGUUAUGACAUUUUGCUACUGUUACGUUACCGUUAAAAUCACUUCCUGGCGUACUGAAGCAAGAAGGAAAAUGGUUAAUAGCUGGCGCGAUAGUUACGGGGUCCAAAAUGAUGCUAUCAUGAAUUAUGAAACUGUCAAAAACUUUGAUGCUGAUGAUUUUGAAAAUCAUCGUUUUGGCGAUGCUGUAGAUGCAUAUCUUCGUCAAGAAAAUACGGUUCUUUCCAGUUUAAGUGUUCUGAACAUCAUACAGGGUGGUAUCUUCACUUCUAGUUUAUGUGUAGCUUGUUUGCUAAGUGCCUAUAAAGUGUCAUUUGGUUACAAUACAGUUGGCGAUUUUGUGGUUCUUUUGACUUAUAUGACGCAACUUCAGCAGCCUCUUAACUUUUUUGGAACUUUGUAUCGUUCGCUACAGAACAGUAUUAUUGAUGCAGAGCGACUACUCGAAAUAUUCGAAGAACAACCUACCGUGCUUGAAAGGGAGGAUGCUACUCCUCUGAAGGUUACGGAUGGCCGAGUUGCUUUUUCGAACGUUUCUUUUGCUUAUGAUCCUCGCAAACCUGUUUUAUCAAACGUCAGCUUCGUUGCGGAGCCAGGUAAAGUAAUAGCCCUUGUAGGUGAAUCAGGCGGUGGAAAAUCUACUAUCAUGAGAAUUCUUUUGCGAUUCUUUGAUGUAAAUAAUGGUUCUAUAACUAUUGAUGACCAGGAUAUACGAGAUGUCACGUUAUCUAGUUUACGUUCGUCAAUUGGUGUGGUCCCUCAGGAUAGCAUUUUGUUUAAUGAUACUGUUAUGUACAACAUUAAAUAUGCUAAACCAGGUGCUUCUGAUGAAGAAGUGUAUGAAGCCGCCAAGGCAGCUCAGAUUCAUGACCGAAUUCUUGAAUUCCCCGAUGGAUAUAAUUCUCGAGUAGGAGAGCGAGGACUAAAACUCAGUGGUGGUGAGAAACAACGGAUGGCUGUAGCUAGAGCUAUUUUGAAAAACCCAACUAUAAUUUUGUUGGAUGAAGCUACUUCUGCGCUUGACACAAACACAGAACGUCAUAUACAAGCUUCUUUGAACAGACUUGCUGCUGGUCGCACCGCUAUUGUGAUUGCCCAUCGAUUAUCCACUAUCACAAAUGCUGAUUUAAUUCUUUGCAUUCACAACGGAAAAAUUGUCGAAACUGGUACGCAUGAGGAUUUGCUCAAGCAUGAAGAUGGUGUGUACAAGAAAAUGUGGUUGCAGCAGGCAAACAAAGAUUCAAGUUCAAAGAAGUUUUCUACUGAGUAG